UUCUGUUGCAGAAAGCAAGCAGCAGAAAAAGCAUCGGUGAGCAAACAUCAUAACCAAAAUAUCGAUGUUCGAUCAUCUCGCAAAAAUGUUUCGCAAAUACCUUUCUCUUGAUUUCGCGGGGGAGUAUGUAUUUUGCGCYUUAUGACUUUCCAGCGUUUCGUUUUGCAAAAUGUUUACUUCAGUAGCUAUCAGACGCCGGUUAUGAUAGCUGGCUAACGUUAGCUAGUUAACCUAYCUGAUCGCUAGCAGCACAAAGAAGUGUUCAAUGCUUUGUGGUGCUAUGACUCGAGCAUGGUGAGGAGAGUGUUUCUCAUGUUGCAUUAGUGGAAGUGUGACAUGCUGGCCUGUCUGCCAGCAUCAUCAGGUGACCCUACAACCCGAUUUCUCUCCCACACGCAGAUGAACACUGGACUUCAGCAAUGGGACACUACACAGAAGARGAGAUCUGCCAACUAUCCAACCCCAGCAGAAUUGGAUGCCUUUGCUAAGAAAGUCGCCAACAAGCCUCUGACCAUAAAGAUCUUCCCCAACAGUGUCAAAGUACCUCAGAGAAAGCACAUCCGCCGCACAGUGAACGGGUUGGACACGUCCAGCUCCAGCCAGCGCCACAGCCCCUACCCMUCUCAGGUCAGCAGCACCAGAGCGGGCCUCCUGGCCGUCCUCCGCACUUCGACCGGCAAAAGCGCCCUCAAAGACACAGACGGCAGCCGAGCCCAUCUGCUUCCCAAAGCAGCCAUGAACCUCCACAGCGGGUCGUACGUUCCUCAAAGCUCUUUAAAUCUCCCCGAGCAUGUCRCCCACCUCCAGGGCAUGUCUCAAACCCAACACCAGGCAUUGAAACAGAAACAGGGCCUCUCCCACCCACAUCCACAGCAUGCUGUACAGCAGCACAACAUGGCUCACCAUGUGACUUCACAGCCACAGAAUAUGCCUCAACCUCGCCCUAAAACUUUACAGCAACAGAACAUGGCCCACCCUCAAACUUUACAGCGGCAACAAAGCUUGUCCCAGCUGCAAACUGUACAGCAGCAACAGCAGAAUCUGGCGKACCCCCAGAAUAUCCAGCGGCAGCAAAGUUUGCCUCACACGCAGACUUUACGACAGCAAAAUCAGACUCUGCCACAAACCUUACAGCAGCAGCAUCUUCUUCAUCCUCAGACGCUGCAGCACCAGACUCAUCCUCACCAACAAGCUUUAGUACAGCAGGCUGUGGCUCAGGCUCAAGGUCUCCGGCACCUGCCUGACUUAGCCCACGCCCAGCCUCCACCUAGUCUGCAACAUUCCCAGGGCCUGCAGCACUCCCAGAGCCUGUCACAGCCUCUCACCCAGGGCCUCCGGCACCAGCCUGACGUAGCCCAGUCCCAGCCUCCACCCAGUCUGCAACAUUCCCAGGGCCUCCCCCCAUCUCAGCAGCUCCCCCAGGCCUCCUGUGCCGGCCCUGGCCCUCCCUUUGCUUCCAAUGCCCUGCAGCCCCAGCCAGGCCCCCCCUACGGCCCCAGGAAGCUGCCAGACGCAGACGUCCCGCCAAACGUAACUGUAUCUACCUCCACCAUCCCGCUAUCCAUGGCGGCCGGCCUGCACCACAACCGGCCGGGCACAGACCUGAGCAGCAUCGUGCACCAGAUCAACCAGUUCUGCCAGGCUCGGGCCGGAAUGGGUGCCACCUCGGUGUGCGAGGGCCAGAUUGCCAACCCCAGCCCCAUCAGCCGUAACCUUCUCAUCAAUGCCAGCUCCAGGGUCAACACACCCCACAAUCUGGACCUCCUUCCCUCCUGCCUGCUGGGCCCCACAGAGAAGGCCCCUGGAGAGUCCCAGGGCCCUGCUGGUGGCCUACAGCCCAACAUGGCUGUCAUGAAUAGGAUGCCACCUGCUUUCCACGCUGACAUAAAGCAGCAGUUACAGCAGCAGCAAUUACAGCAGUUACAACAGGUUCACCAGCAGCAACAACAUAAUCAGUUACAGCAGCUCCAACAGGUCCAUCAGCAGCAACAACUACAACAUCAGUUACAGCAGCAACUCCAACAGCAACGCUCCUGGAACCAGCACCAGCUGGUUCACAUGCAGCACCUGCCCGAGGGAGCCAACCCCAGCAAGAACCCCAGGAGAGAAAUCCCCUCUGGGCCUGUCUUCCCUGCCAAGACCCUCAACUAUCCCCARGUGCUGCUGGCUUCGCAGCCACAAGCCUUCUACCUUAAACACCCAUCAGACAAGACAACCCCCUCGCCCUCCGUAACCGGCCCACCGGGUGGCACCAUGCCCAGUUACACCAAUGGGGGCMACCUGCAGGCUCCAUGGGGCAGUGUCCUACAAGCAGGCAAAAGUGAUGGUCUAGGCCCUCUGGAUUUGGCCUUCCAGGGGGGCCCGUCAGGGGCCUCCAUAGACUGSAGCACACCAGGAUCACAGUACCGACCAGGAGCCAGACCCGGGUUCCCAGGUUCGGGUCAGACCAAGCUGAUGAAGCAGAACGUGUCUGAUUACCUGGCUGGGGAUUUCCAGACGUUCCAGCAUAACCCAGGUGCCAUGGGGAAGAUGCACAGGCCCCCCAUGGGUAGAGCUCCAGCCCAGGGCCCAGAGCUAGGCAACGSUAGAAAUAUCCCCGCUCACCACACAGGCUAUAGAUAGAUGGAUAGCAGUCUUUACCUCACCAGUUGUGUGUCAUGGUUUGUGAAUGAUUCAAGAUUAUAAUCAGGUGUCCACAUGUUGUAGAGUUCUUGCAAGUGAUCAAUUGAAUGUUCUCCCUAGUCGGUUGCUCCUGCUCUCAAUGUUCAAUCGCUGACUUAUGUUUUAAAAGUAGGUCCUCAGCCCUUAAAGGUAUCUGUUAAACCUUAGUGCCAGAUGAAGGGUUUUUGAUUGUUAUUCCAAUGAUGAAGAAUACUUACUCAUACCACAACAUGGACAUCUGCUUCUUGUAGUAUUUUCUGGAAUACUCUAUUGUGAUCUAGGACUAAGUAGAGAACCUAGUAGGGCUACAUCCUUUCCACAUAACAAUUACCAGUUAUGCCCAGGUUGUCAUGGAACCAACCACGCCCUUUUACAACAUUAGUGGCCUUAAAGCUGCCAAUGCAGCGGCUGAAAAUGGGUUGUUAUUUCCUGGCCUAUGUUUACAUUUGAAUGGGUAUUUUUGUAUGKUAAUAUGAAUCAGGUUCAUGUCUGGGUAUAUUCUUACUUCAAUCUCUCCCCAUAUAGAGUAAGGUACUGCUACAACCAUUUUGUCCUGUCCUCCUGUGUGUGAUAAGACCUUAAGACGGAGUACUUUUGAAGUCGUUUUUAGUGUUUUUUCUUAUCCCUACCUUGUUCUGUUACUUAAAUUAAAUUGUCUCUACUUGAAUUUCUCCAGUGACGUUUUCAGUAUGAGGGCUUGGAGAAUCGAAAUGUCAUGCUAAACAUUUACAAAAGGAACAAAACAUCCCUUUGGGGAAAAACAUUAAUUGUCUUUUGAAUAAUGUGAACCCAGUAGGAUCAAUCCCCUGAUCUUGAAAGGAAUUGUCUGUGUGUGCAUAGACCAAAUUGAUCACUUGCAAGUGUGCAAGUACAACCGAACAUACCAGAGGGUUAAAAUAUUUAUUUGUUUCACCACUAUACUACUGUAAACAAGUGAAUGGAUUCCUUGUGGAUCUUUACCUGUCUGUGGGGGUUCUGGUAAGCUGGGGGGUAUCCUACGAAGCAGGUUUGAAGAGUUAGCGAGGUAACUUUGGUCAACUGAGUCUUAAUGAAAAGUUUGACAUUCGACUAGCCAUGUGCAACGUGCAGUUACAAGCCUGCUAGAAUUAGUGGCAGGUGUACGAGCAAUAUCCACUGUCGUAGUACGGCUGAAGACAGCUGGAAUGUGACGCUAACAGAAGCUGGUUCGCUUCAGAAAACUGAGUAGAUCUAGCUUGCUUAUUGGGAUACCCCUCUUCCUUCACUUGCUAGCCAAACCCUAACUGUGUAUUGUCUCUGUACUACCUAGAAAUUUUAAAUGCAGGUUACCUCCUCAUGCUAGUAGAUGGGUCUAGCCAUAGAAAUAUAAUUACUUCUAAGUAAUGAUAUUUCUAUGGGUCUAGCAUGCUGCGUUUUUCCUCAGUUUAAUUUGGGGAACGGCUUACUCUUUCCUCCUCCCUGAUAACUCUUGGGGAAAAAGCCUUAAAUGUUAUAUUAGUUACCCUCUACCUUAAAUGUUGACUUCUUACACCAUGCCGGAUUUCCUCACAGUGCAUGGCGUAGCAUCCUUUAUCGAAAAUAGUUAUGAUACUAGCAAUUGUUUCUGCAUAUGUUUUCAUUUAAGGCCACUGUUAAAUUMCUAAGUAAAAGUCAUAAUUUUAAAGGAUAAUAAGUAUGAAUAGUGUUAAGCAGAGUUUCAUAGGUUUGUGUGUGUGGCACUGGGCUGUAACUAUGGUUUUUGGACUACGUUUCUUUAGUUGUUUCUACAUGACAAAUACACUACACUAAUUUAGUUCUUAGCUAAUUUAUUUAUUUGAACACUGCAUCGUGAAGCCAUAGGUUUUUCCACAUGGGUGCCAUAGAUAACGCAUAUGAUCAGACACAAAACAAUGCAAACUGAUGUCUCACAACUAGCUGCAUUCAGUAAGCGAUGGAAAGGUUAAUUAAGUCAUAGAGGUAAUUUUAUUUAUAGGGGUUAUGUAGCCUUAAAGGCGCUGCACCUUUUUUUURKWUUUUUUUUUUUGCAUUGUCAUUCAGAAAAUUGCCAUAAUAUAUCUGCAGUACUAGGGGAAUGAUAGUGUUUCACAGUAUUACUUUCCUGCCCGCCAGAGCGGCAUUUGUUGUCAAAAUGGGAAAGCUGUUUUGACUUUGCCUGUGUGGAAAUCGGGUCAAGCAGCCAAUGGAAAAAUUGCUCUAUUUUCCUGGUUGCUAAAAUUCUACACGGUUCGCUCAUUUUCAGUUUGUGAGAAAAACAAGCACUGAAUAGUGGAGGGAAUUAUUGUAUCAUCUAAAUUGCUGUGAAAAAUCUUUUUAAUAACAAAAARGUUUUUUACAACUGAAGCUGGCGGACCAAAACCGAAAGUAAAAGGCUCAAGCGCAAACAUGUUGCGUGGGAGAUGGUACAUUUGUUUUGAAUGCAGCCUAGUGCUGUUGCAAUUCUCCUAGCUUCCACAUAGGGGAGACAUUCUGUGUAGCACCUUUAAUGUUAUGGAUUGAGCUUUCUUCCCUGAGGGCAGUUGCUAGAUUCUGUUUGGCUCUUACUGUUGUGUUCCUGAUGUGCCUGGCCCUUGAAGCUGCUAUUGAAUUAUAUUCUGAACACACAAUAGUGUGUGUGUGUGUAUAGUAAUGAUGUAUGGGUUGUACUAUUGGAAUAAAGGUUCCUAUUUAUGUGUUGUCAUGAAUUUUUGAAAUGCGAGAUUGUAAAUCUGUGUAGUGGAAAUGGACCAACUGUUGCUGCAGUGAACCAAGCAAUGUACCUGUUGUUCCAUUUGACCUGAUUUACCUGUUCUAUAAUGUUGUACAGCCAUGUUACAGCCCGAGAAAUCCAGGUUUACGGUUACGCUUUCUAUAUUAAGCCCAGCGGAGGCAUUUCAUAUGGAAUAGUAUGUGGGUGUGUGCGAGAGAAAGGGUGUGAAGCCUAGAUACUUGCGCACACACGUGUGUACACUACACAGUGGUGCACAUCUAUCCAUUUUGGGUGGGACCAAGCUUCUAACUAACUACUGAUACUGGACAGAAGUCCAUGCUUACGUGCCACAAUGAUUCCAGACACUGUUGGGAGUCUGAACGGUUGCUGCUGAAUCACUGACCAAAGUCACCAAGCCUUCCCCUUAACCAUAAUCACCAUGGCCCAAAGCCUAGUUACAGUAUAUGUCUGAAAUGGCACCCUAUUCACUACAUAGUGUAGGACUUGACCUAGGGUCAUAGUCAAAAGUAGUGCACUAUUUCGAAAGUAGUGUGCCAUUUUGGAUGCUAACAUUCUUUAGCCAUGUUGGUUUGUAUUAGUUUUAAAGAAUCAUGCUAUUUUAAGGUUGUGACAAAAGAGUGGUCUGCUGCCCUCUAGACAGUUGUAGGAACAGCAUGUGGGACUGUGAUGUAUUAAUGGUGCUGGUGAGUGUUUUUGCUCCACAUAAGUGGAAAUAUGACAUGAAUGGCAGUGGUUGUGUUAUUCCAGUUUACCUAUCCUUGAACUAUGCUUUUCACCAACAUUACGCCCUAACCAAAAUAAAGUUUGCGUUUGCAAAACUGA